AUGUUAUCUGUCGCGGGAGAAAAACAUACCCCAAAGACAAGGGACUGGAUUAUCGUGACUGCUAGUUGUCGUCCAUCUUGUGACCUGUCGUGGGGGAAACGGGUGUGGCCUUCGUGUCUUUGGAGUAUGUUUAUCUGUGUGGUCGUGGUCGCUGUUUAUAUACCGUGGGGACUGUGGAUUGUUGUGACUGCUAGUUGGACUAACAUGCUCAUGGAAAAUUUAAACAUACCAGGGCGGACUGAUCCGACGAUUCAGCCUAACGUUGUCCCGGUGUCGGGUACUUUCAAAGAAUCAAAACGUAGUCCUUACAACGACGAUCAUCAUCUUUACGGGGACUAUGCUGCAACGGGGAUAGCAAUGCGUUGCCCUACAUGUUUCAUUAUGACAAUAUUAUUCUUUAUUUUCUCUAUCUCGGAAGUUCAGCUCCUGCCACGGGGACCGCAUGGUUUCUCAUGCUUGAUGCGCCUGUUCGGUAGAAAACCUGUGCGUUCAAAUAACGAUGGCAUCUUUUCCCUGCCACAAGAAUGCAACAAGCGAGAGGUAGAUCCCCUGGACUCGGGAAAACCACCCAGAGUCUUAUCAGAUAUCUGUCAACUCAGGCUCAAGUCAGGUGGCGAUACGAGCGGCGAUGAAGCUGUUGCGACAAUGAUGGGCCUGAUCAAGUUGAAGCACGAGAAUGGAAAGGGACUGCCAGGGCCAGCCGGGGAAUAGGGUGGGGACCAUGACAUUUCCUGUUAGGUCCGAUAUUUGACAGUAAUACCUGGACCAUGUCCAGAAAUAACCUGAGGCGCAGCACAGGCUUUACCAGAACACAGCCGGAUGCCACUACUUAUCUGAUACGUGAGCGAUGCGCGGGCGAAUGUUGCGCAGCCUUUGUGAUGGAGAGACAGUCCCGGCUAUCAGAAGUCGACUUCCAGGUGCAAGGGGAGAUGAUAGCAACGACGACCUGACAUGAUC